UAUUUAGCUGGGAAGAUCGUGUUCAGCAAUAUUAUGUCAUAUGGAGCGAAAACAGAGGAGUGUCGUGAGCGAGCUACCGCCGACACUUGCCGAGGAGUGGCCUCUGGUGGGAGCUGGUGGCUGCUGGGUCUGCUGGGGUUGGUGGCGGCGCACUGCCUGCUGGUGCUGGUCCCGGCAACUCGGGAUCCCUUGAACUAUCAGCCGCAAGAGGGCGCACAGUUCGAAUUUUUGGUGGUAGGAGGCGGAGUGGCUGGAGGCGCGGUGGCGGCGCGCCUUGCACUGGCUGGCCACCACGUGCUGCUGCUGGAGGCGGGCGGAGACGCCCCGCUGCUCUCUCAGGUACGCGCCACAUGCUGCUGUUGGAGCCAGCCAAAUAUAGUGCAUCUACAUUUACGCUUAUUUAUGACAUUGGCUAUUAAUCAGACCAAUUUUACAGAUACCGGGAGCAGCCGUGAGUCUGACGGGUUCUGACAUUGAUUACUUCUAUGAGACGACGGCGAAUGGACUCUCCUGUCUGUCGUCACGCGGUGGUAGCUGUCGCUUUACCCGUGGCAACGUGCUAGGUGGCUCGUCUGCCCUGAACCAUAUGAUGUACACCCGAGGCAACAGAAAUGAUUUUGACUUUGGUAACUCUAGUGGUUGGACCUGGAAACACGUAGAACCUUAUUUUUUUAAAUCUGAACGACUUGAAAAUCCUCAAAAUUUUCCAAAUUCUUCUAAAAACUUUCAUAACAGUACAGGAGCUGUUCCCGUGAGCUUCUCUGAUGAUGCAGAUAACACUUGGAAAAAGAGAAUAAUAAAAGGGUUCGAAUUACUUAACUUCCCUCACAACGCGGACGUCAACGCAGACAGCCAGAUCGGUGUUUCUAGAGUAUUAAGUUACACAUCGAACGGGAAGCGUGUCAACAUAGCAGAAGCAUACCUCGACCUGGCAAGAGAGACAGGAAAAUUAAAAGUGGCCAAAAAUACGAAGUGCUUGAAGGUCAUUAUCGAUGAGAAUAACAUUGCGCGAGGCGUCAUCGUAGCGCAUUCCGAUGGCUACCGGAAUAUCCAUUUGUACGCGAGCAGAGAAGUUGUCCUGAGUGCAGGCACGAUCGGAACCGCGCAGCUAUUGAUGUUGUCGGGGGUGGGGCCUGCUGACCACUUGCAGGAGUUAAAUAUUCCAGUAAAAAUGAACUUAUCAGUUGGUGUCGAUAUGGUUGAUCACGCAAUGUCAUUGAUUUACAUGAAAGUGGAUCAUCACGGGGUUCAGUCAGAUACAUUGGCGAUGCUAACGAAGGCCAUGCAUGCAGUGCAGUGGAUGGUGACGCGCAGCGGGCCCCUGGCCUCCAUAGGGCUGACUGAUAUCACAGCGUUUCUAAAUACAAAUUGCUACGAUUUCAUAAAGAGGCAAUUGGUAAACGACAGAGCAGAGUGCGAGGUGCCGACGACACAGAUCAUCCACGCUUUCAUGGAUAGGGGGAUCACACGCAUCGCGAGGCGGCUCUACGAGCGUAUCAAACAGCACGACCCUCUGAUCGUUGAGCAAACUGUGAGCCAAAACGAGCGCAAUGACGUCUUAGUGAUCGCGCCCGUCGUGCUGGCGCCAGAAUCACGAGGUCUCGUGCACCUAGCCAGCGCCGAUCCUGCGCGGCCACCACUAAUAUUUCCUAACUACCUGGCAGACAAAAGAGACGUGGAAGAGAUGGUGAGAGCUAUAAGCGUACUGGACGACUUGACACGAACUCCACCAUUCCGGGAGCGCAACGCGACGCUGCUGCGAUACAAGUUGCGGGGUUGUCCGCGGGCGGAGGCAGGGGCGCGCUACUGGGCGUGCUACGUGCGGCACAUGACGCACUCGCCGCACCAUGCAGUCGGCACGUGUGCGCUGGGCCGCGUGCUGGACGCACGCCUGCGCGUACAUGGCGUGCGUGGCCUACGGGUGGCCGACGCUUCUGUACUGCCGCGGCCUCCGCGCGGGAAUAUGGCCGCCACCGUGCUGGCGGUGGCCGAACGUGCCGCCGACAUGGUGCUGCAGGACGCGGCGCCUCCGGUACACCGGUCCUGAUUGAUGAUGGAUGCCGAACAUGGAACAGCCGACAACAGUUGCCUGAUACUUUACUUGGAAGCUCUAUAAUAUUUAUUUAAAGCUAGGCUCUGAUUUUACAUUGCCUGCUUAAAUGUUAUUAUUAGGGGUUAAAGUAUGAAAUUGUAGAUUUGUACUGAAAAAUUGAAAUUCGUCUUUCUUAAUUUAACAUAUAUAUUCAAUCAAAAUAAUUACCAUUAUUAUCAUUGCUGCCAUCUAAUAUAAAGGUAGUUAUGCCUUUGCGAUAGAACUGUAGUGAUUUAGAUUCGACAAACUGUGUGAAAGUAUUUUGUACUGCCUCCUGAGAAAACAACUUUUUAUCACGUAGAAAAUUGUCCAAAUCACGAAAUGAAUGGUAGUCUGUUGGAGCAAGUUCUGGCGAAUACGGAGGGUUUCUAAUUGCAAUUCCUGUAGAGUUAAAACGGUUUCUCGUGCUCUAUGAGGUCUCGCGUUAUCAUGGAGCUCUAAUAGUGAAGAUCGAUUCAUGAGUCGGGGCUGUUUUAUGGCAAGUUUUGAUAUUAUUGUUCGGAGUUGGGCACAGUAGACAUCUGCCGUUAUUGCUUGACCAAAUCGGAGAAAGCUAUAGUGAAUAACACCAUGCUGAGACCACCAAACAGUUACCAUUACCUUUAUAUUGGUAAGUUUUACUUUAGGACACUGAUGCGACGUUUGACCUGGGGUCAGCCAUUACAUUUUAUCGAUCAUGCAUCGCUUACGGUUAUCGAAAAGAAUCCACUUUCAACGCAUGUCACAAUUCAGGCAAUACACGUUCCAACACGCGUUGCUUUCUGCAGAUCAGUCAAAUCAUGAGGCACCCAUUCUUCAUAUCAUUUAUUUUAUUGAUUUGACGCAAAUGAUUCAAUAUUGUUGGCAAGGUAACGAUGCCGCUUAAUUAAACCAUGCCAGUAAUUGUUUGGCUCGGAUCAGCUUCAACCAUCUCUUUCAAUUCAUUGUUAUUCACCUGUGUUGGCGGUCUUCCACAUGGUUCGUUCUUCAAAUCAAAGUUUCCAUCACGAAAGCGUUUAAGCCAAAAUCGCACGGUGCGUAUAUUAGCAAUCGCCUCUCCAAACGCAACAUUGAUAUUACGAGCUGUUUCUGCCGCGUUAGUUUCGCGUCAGAAUUCGUAUUCAAAAAUCACUCGAAUUUUCGAAGUAUCCAUCGUUUUGUCUAAGCUGAAUAAAAAAAACAACUGAAAGUCGAUAAUGGAAUGUUGCACAUUUUUUUAAAGUAGAACUACAUAGGUACCAUGUGAAAAAAUUUUCACUCAAAAAUCUCAAACCAUGAAGGUUCUAUGUCAAUUCGAAGCACCUAUUACAAUUAAAUGGGAAUUUCAUACUUUAACUCCUAUUAUUAACGUAAAAUGUUUAUAUACAUAAAAAAGAGGCUACUUCCGACUAUUCCAUUAACAAUUUAACUUUUAUUUAUUUAAGUUAUUAAUAAAUCUAAUUGUAUAUGUGUAUGAGGGUAGUUAAAAAAACAGUGUGUAUUUUGAGGACGCGUUUAUGAAUUGUCCAAAUAGAUGUAUGUGUGACGGGUGUAAGGAACCUUUAGAACUAAUGAGUAGUAAGUAGUUAAUGUUCUAAAUGCAUACAGUCUACUUAAUUAUAUUUAGGUCCAAUCCAAAAUAAAUAACCAAACUGAA